CAUGGCGGCGCACUGAGCAAUAAAAAUGCCGAUGUCUGAUUUGGUAUCUUCUUUAGGAGAUAAUCCGUAUUUCUCUGCAGGUUUUGGUUUAGUUGGAGUUGGAGCUGUAGUAGCGGGUUUAAGAAAAGGAAGUCAACAUGCAUUAGUUGCCCUUCGACGCUUGGCACUCAUCACGUUGGAAGUCCCAUCGAAGGACAAAAGCUACCACUGGGUGUUACAAUGGAUAACAGCCAACGCAAGAAAAGCACAGCACAUCAGCGUCGAGACGACUUUCCAACAACAUGAUACAGGAAGAAUCAGCACUAGAUAUGAUUAUGUUCCAAGUCCAGGAACACAUUUUUUUCAGUACAAAAAUAACUGGAUCCGCGUUGAAAGAAGUCGAGAGAAGAUGGUCGAUCUAACAACUGGUGCACCUUGGGAAACUGUAACAUUGACAGCUCUAGGGAGGGAUAGGAAGAUCUUUAAUGAUUUAUUAGAGGAAGCUAGGGUUAUGGCUCUUGCUAAGACUGAAGGAAAAACUGUUAUGUACAUACCAAUGGGAGCUGAGUGGAGACAGUUUGGCUUCCCAAGAAGGAAAAGACCUCUAGAUUCAGUCAUUCUCGGUGACGGAAUUAGUGAGAAUAUAUUAUUGGAUGUCAGAGAUUUCAAUUCAAAUUCAAAGUGGUACAUGGAUAGAGGAAUUCCUUAUAGAAGAGGAUAUUUAUUAUAUGGACCUCCAGGAUGUGGAAAAAGUAGUUUUAUACAAGCCCUUGCAGGAGAGCUAGAUUACAGUAUCUGUGUGAUGAACUUGAGUGAUCGUAGUCUAUCCGAUGACAGACUCAACCAUUUAAUGAGUGUAGCUCCUCAGCAGAGUAUCAUUCUAUUGGAAGACAUUGAUGCUGCCUUUGUUAAGACUGAUGAGGCUAAAGAUGGAAGUAAAAGAGAAAAUGUGUAUAUGAACAGGGUAACCUUCAGUGGAUUACUAAACUGUCUAGAUGGGGUGGCAUCAACAGAAGAACGAAUUGUAUUCAUGACAACAAACCAUCUAAACAGACUUGAUGGAGCACUUAUAAGACCAGGAAGAGUUGAUGUUAAACAAGAAAUUGCCUGGGCAUCCAGGAGCCAGUUAAUAAGAAUGUUUAUGCGUUUUUAUCCUGAACAAUCACAUACAUUAGCUACAAAGUUUGCUGAUAAAGCAUUAGAGUCUGGUGAAGACAAAAGUGUAGCUCAAAUUCAGGGACAUUUUAUGAGGUUUAAAAAUGAUCCUCUUGCAGCUGUUGAACAAGUUGAAUUGAUAAAGUUAUAACCAAUAAAUGGAAAAAGCAGCUA